AGGAUUUUUUGUGAGGGAUUUGAAUUUUGAGCAAUGGCUAGCAAUUCUGCGAAUGGAGAUCACCAAACAACAACUAAGCCACCUCCAGCGCCAUCCCCGCUGCGCUUCUCAAAGUUCUUUCAGCCUAACAUGAGAAUUUUGGUUACUGGAGGAGCUGGAUUCAUUGGUUCUCACCUAGUCGACAAAUUGAUGGAGAAUGAGAAGAAUGAGGUUAUUGUUGUGGACAACUUUUUCACUGGUUCGAAGGAUAAUCUGAAAAAAUGGAUUGGUCAUCCCAGAUUUGAGCUUAGGCGCCACGAUGUGACAGAGCCCUUGUUGGUUGAAGUUGAUAAGAUUUAUCAUCUCGCAUGCCCUGCUUCUCCAAUUUUCUACAAGUACAAUGCUGUUAAGACUAUAAAGACUAAUGUUAUUGGUACGCUGAAUAUGUUGGGCUUAGCAAAGCGUGUUGGAGCAAGGAUUCUGCUCACGUCAACCUCAGAGGUUUACGGUGAUCCUCUUGUGCAUCCCCAACCCGAGAGCUAUUGGGGUAAUGUUAACCCAAUUGGAGUUCGGAGCUGUUACGAUGAGGGGAAGCGUGUGGCCGAGACAUUGAUGUUUGACUACCACCGACAGCAUGGGAUUGAAAUACGCAUUGCUAGAAUAUUCAACACUUACGGACCUCGUAUGAAUAUUGACGAUGGGCGUGUAGUCAGCAACUUUAUAGCUCAAUCACUUCGGGAUGAACCAUUAACUGUUCAAGCUCCCGGGACACAGACUCGCAGUUUCUGUUAUGUCUCUGAUAUGGUUGAUGGACUUAUCCGUCUCAUGGAAGGGGAUAACACUGGGCCAAUCAACAUUGGUAACCCAGGUGAAUUUACCAUGAUUGAGCUUGCGGAACUAGUGAAGGAGCUUAUCAGUCCGAAAGUUGAGAUAAAAAUGGUGGAAAAUACACCAGAUGAUCCAAGACAAAGGAAACCAGAUAUCACAAAAGCGAAAGAAUUGUUAGGAUGGGAACCAAAAGUCAAGUUGCGCGAUGGCCUUCCACUAAUGGAAGAAGAUUUCAGACUCAGGCUUGGGGUCUCUAAGAAGAUAUAAUACAUCAUACAUACAGUUUAUAAACAUUGAUACAUUUUUUGGCAAACUAUUUUAUGUUUUUUAACCAAAAUAUGUGAUAUUUCCUGCUAUAUUCCAACUGUUUCUUUUGUUGACAGUCAAGUGUGCUUACUGCUUUUUAUAAUCAUAUGGUCUUACACCAUUAGUUUUGUCUGAUGGAUUUUUUAUGCUAUUUGGUGGUUCAAUUUCUCUUUCUGGA